AUGUCAGGAGAUCAAUCUGUCCAGCGUGUCGGCAUCAGAGACUUCAAGGGCUACGGCGAAAAGGGCAUCAACCCAGGCUGGCCGAACGAAGCCAAAAUCGCAGUCUCGUUCGUGAUCAACUAUGAAGAGGGCGGCGAGCGAUCUGUGAUGAGCGGCGAUGGCGUCUCUGAAUCCAACCUCCGCGAGAAUCCAGGUGUUCCGCCCCGCGUCAACGGCCGGGAUCUGAACGUCGAAAGCGAAUACGAAUAUGGCAGCCGAGCGGGAUUCUGGCGACUCUUCCGGCUGUUCAGCAAGUAUGGCAUGAAGUUUACGCUUUACGCUGUGGCGCAGGCGGUGGAGGAGCAGCCGGAAGUUGUGACGAGAUGUGUCGAGGAGGGCCAUGAUGUUGCUUCACAUGCUUACCGCUGGCUCGACUACCACGACUUUCCGGUUGAGAAGGAGAAAGACUACAUCCGGAAAGCCAUCACUUCUCUCAAAGCUCUCUCGGGCUACGCUCCUCGCGGAUGGUACUACGGCCGACUGUCUCCACAGUCUCGUGUGCUUGUACCUCAGGUCUAUGCGGAGAUGGGAGAAGAGCUGGUGUGGUGCUCUGAUACUUACGCCGACGAUGUACCUUACUGGACGGAUGUACCACAUGAGAAGGACAGAGAUGAUGCAAAGGGUAUGCUCAUGGUGCCUUACUCAUACGACUGCAAUGACUUCAAGUUCCAUACCGCUGGGUCUGGUUUCACGGAGCCGACGGGUUUCUAUGAUCAUCUCAAGAAUGCUUUCGAUGUGCUGUAUGAGGAGGGUGAGGAGGGAAUGCCGAAGAUGAUGACUAUUGGGUUGCACUGCAGGAUCAUCGGUCGCCCUGGCCGUCUGGCUGCGCUGAGGGAUUUCGUCAACUACAUCGGCAAGAAAGAAGGCGUCUGGGUGGCGACGAGGACGGAGAUCGCUGAGGCGUUCAAGGAGAAGCAUCCUUACAAGAAGGGGCAGCUCGCAUGA